AUGUUUUUCUUGGUUUCUUUCCUUCGUGCUGAAUCAGAAGUUUAUCAUGCAUUUAAAUCCGGAGCUCAAUGUCGCAUAUGUCAUUCAAUACAUAAGAAGAUGCACGAUGUAGAUUCCACAAAAAUCGAUGUUUCUCGUGAUUCUCUACUAAAAGAAUGCAAUUCUAUGCCAAAAUCUACAAAAGGUCUAUGUCAAAUCAUUGCUCUUGAUUGGUAUAGCCAUAUUCAUCAAUCAAAAGAUGCUCAAAAGGCUUGUUCAUUUGCUUGCGAUGGAAUCACAAGAAAAAUUAAGACUCUUGAACAUACCACCAGAAAGUCAAGACCACGUUCGCUUAGAGCCGAGCCGUUAGCUGUUCUCCCAUGUGAAGGCUGCACUUCAAUUGUUCAAGUCGCUCUGGAAUUAUUCCCAGAAAUUGCUUCAGAAUAUUCAGAACCGGAUUCAAACCCACUUCUUGAGGCCUGCCUAAAGGUUCCAAUGUUCGCAGAUAGGUGUCAUCUUCUAACUCAAGAAAAAGUUACAAAAGUUUAUAAUUAUGUGGCUGAUAAUCUUACUCCUUUGGAAUUAUGCAGCUCUUAUGCUAUGUGCUAA